CCUGCGCUCCUCCUUGUUGAAGCUAGAUGGUAGCCUUAGCUAGCUGAGCCUUUAUUGUAAGAUAGCAGAGAAGAUGGAGAGCAGCGAGGGAAUGGAGGUGGAAGGCUGGGACCCCAAUCUGGAGGAAGAGCUGGGCAUUUCUCUGGAUGAGCUGAAGAAGUGGAUUGAUGAAGCUGUGGAGAACAGUGAGAUUGUGCAGAAGAAAAAUGCUCAACUGACAGAGUUCAAGGAAUGGGUGGAGCAGAAAGAGGAAGAGGAGGCAAAGACAAACGCGCUUCUCAUCGAUGCCAACAAAUCCAUAUUGGAGUGUGAGAAGCUUGUGAAGGAAACCUACCAAAAGAGCGGUCUUGUUUACCGAGAGAGCAGCUCUGAGGAUGAGGGCGGCGGGGGGGGCCUGUUGCCCUCUGAAGUCAUUGAGAUAGACGAUGACGAAGACGAUGACGUCAUUGAUGUUGGCUGUUUGGUUCCUCCAAAGAAACCCGGCACUCCUUGCACAGAUCCACUGUUAAAGGAUGCUGAUGGGAAGGGUGAUGGGAUAGGGUAUGUCUUUAUAUAUAGCUGCGUGUCAUCAGCGUAG